AAAAGUUUUGCAGUCUCUUCUUCUUCUUCUUCUUCUUCUUCUUCAAGAACAAAACUCCACUGAAACCUUCUGCGUUCAAAUAAUCACAGGCAUUACAUGACAUGGGUGCUGUAGAGAAAGGAUCCGAAAAACAUUCGAUUGAUAUUGACAUUGACAACGAUUCAGCUGAUACUUCUUGGUUCACCCCUUGGAGGUUGCUUGGGCUAUUCUGUGUGAUCAACUUGAUAACUUAUUUGGAUCGAGGAGUAAUUGCGAGUACUGGUGUAAACGGGGUUCCAGAAACUUGCAAACCUUCUGGAGAAUGUUCAAGUGGUACUGGACUUCAGGGUGAGUUCCACUUGACCAAUGGUGAAGAUGGUGUUCUAUCUUCUGCAUUCAUGGUUGGACUUCUUAUUGCAUCUCCAAUAUUUGCAUCCUUGGCCAAGAGCAUGAAUCCCUUUAGGCUUGUUGCAGUUGGUUUGUUAAUUUGGACUUUUGCUGCAAUUGGUUGUGGAAUUUCAGUUGGUUUUUGGUCAAUUACAGUGUGUCGAAUGUUAGUUGGUGUUGGUGAAGCUUCUUUUAUAAGUCUUGCAGCUCCAUUCAUUGAUGAAAAUGCUCCACCAAAACAGAGAUCAGCAUGGCUAGGAAUAUUUUACAUGUGUAUACCAACCGGAAUUGCACUUGGUUAUGUUUAUGGUGGACUGGUUGGAGGUAGUUAUGGUUGGCGAUACGCGUUUUUAAGUGAAGCGGUUAUGAUGGUGCCAUUUGUUAUUUUGGGUUUUGUAAUGAAACCUUUGAAUCUCAAAGGUAUUACGAAUGCUAAAAAUGCCGCGGGAUCUUCAAAAGACAAGGCUGAUUCUCAAACUACUAGCAUUUUCCAAGAUAUUAAAGAGCUUCUGAAUGAGAAAAUAUAUAUAGUAAAUGUUUUAGGUUAUAUUGCGUACAAUUUUGUGAUAGGUGCUUAUUCAUAUUGGGGACCAAAGGCUGGCUAUAGCAUAUAUCAUAUGAGCAAUGCUGACAUGAUGUUUGGAGGAAUCACGAUUGUGGGUGGAAUUGUGGGGACAUUAACGGGAGGUUUUGUCCUUGACAAACUUGAUUCCACAAUCCCUAAUGCUUUUAAGCUUCUUUCAUCAGUAACAUUUUUCGGGGCAAUAUUUUGCUUUAGUGCCUUUUGUUUCAAGAACAUGUACGUCUUCAUUGUUUUCUUUCUUAUUGGAGAAAUGCUCAUUUUUGCCACUCAGGGUCCUGUAAACUUUGUGUCUAUUCAUGCUGUUAAACCAAGCUUAAGACCAUUGGCUAUGGCUGCAUCUACUGUAUCAAUUCAUAUCUUUGGUGAUGUGCCUUCAUCUCCACUUGUUGGAGUUAUGCAGGACCAUAUUGGAAACUGGAGAACAUCCACAUUAAUCUUGACAACCGUACUGUUUUUAGCAGCUGGAAUAUGGUGUAUAGGUAUUUUUAUUCCAUUUGUUGAUAAAGAUGAUGAAGAUAUGGAAAAUCCAAAAAAGUCAAACAAGACAAAUCCAUUCGAUGAUUAG